AUGAUUUCACCAGAAAUUAUGGAGCUAGUCAUAGGUGUAAACAAAAUAAAAAUUUGGAUUUCUCCAAAUAUAUCUGGUACAAAACGUGAUAACAGUGGCGAAACUUCACGAUGGCUACCAGAAUCACGAUUUGUUAGAAAACUUGUUAAUGGUGAAAAAGUUCCACGCCCGUGGCUUAUUUAUUCAGUUAGUAAAAGGUCUGUAUUCUGUUCGGCUUGUCUUCUUUUUGAUGUAGAUUGUUCAUUUAAUAGUAAAACCGGAUUUAAUGAUUGGAAACAUGCAGGCAUUUGUGUUACUGAGCAUGAACACUCAAAAAGUUAUAAAAAAUAUAUGUUAACCCUUAAGCAAAGAUCAGAUAAUAAGAAUAGGAUAGAUCAAGAUUUAGUCAUUCAAACAGAAACAAAAAUCUCGUAUUGGAGAAAUGUUUUGAGAAGAGUAAUCGCUGCUAUUAAAGCCUUGGCUUCUCAAGGGCUUCCAUUCCGAGGAAGUGACGAAAAAUUUGGUUCUCCAAAUAAUGGCAAUUUUUUGAUGCUGAUUGAAUACCUUGCUUUUUUCGACCCAUUUCUCAAAGAACAUAUUAGAAAAUUGGGAAAUAAAGGAUCUGGCAGUACAAGUUACCUAUCGAAAACUAUCUGCGAAGAAGUAAUCCAGCUUUUGACAGGAAAAAUAUCUUCUAUUAUUGUUCAAGAAGUUAAAUCAGCGAAAUAUUAUGCUAUUAUAGUAGAUUCCACACCUAAUAUAUCUCACGUCGACCAACUCUCGUUUGUUCUCAGAUAUGUAAAAAAAUAUGGAACGCCUAUUGAACGUUUUCUGAUGUUUAUUGAAAACUCCGGACAUAAAGGUGAAGAUUUACUAGUUGCUGUAUUGCUUGCUCUUGAGUUUUUUUCUAUCUAA